GUUUCCUGGGUCGUUCAAUAUUUUGUCCAUAGAAUCUAUACCUAUAGCCUGUAUCAAUUGAAAGAAUUCAAGAUUGGGAUUAGUGAUAACAUAUAGGAUGUAGUUGUUGAGCUGAAGAAACUCUUUGGAGAGGGGAGUUUGAUCCUGACAACGGGAGAAGCAAAGAGUCGGUUAACUCUGUAGGUCAGUUUGAGAGUUUUUGGCGAUUUUAGUACUCUCUUCACGCAGAAAACAAAAGGCUGGGGAACCACUGAGAAGGCGAGACCUCCCAGCGUCCUAGAGAGGAUCCGGAAGUAACCUAGGCUUUUGUAGGCUGGGCUGGUUCGGCGAUCGGCUUCUUUACGGUCAGUUAGAAGUUAAUUUUUAGUUCCCCCUCACCCACUUGGAGUUCCUGGUGAGAACAUCGGAUUCGCUGGCUGGAGUGGCGGUGUCGGAGACCUAGCCAGUCAGGGGGUAGGUGGUUCCUGGGCUCCUCGGAGGGAGCGGCUGAGCAGGCUGAUUUUGGCGAGAGUUGGCGUCCACUUUUCCGGGCUGGCGCCCCCGGAUGUUUCAAAUCGUGGACUCCGGGGUGGUUCUCGGCGCUAGCCAGACCCGUGUUCUUGCGGACCACCCACCUUAUCAUCUGGCCUGCGCUUUUUCCGCAGGGCCUCGGACGGUGUGUCACAGCCCCUGAGCCAGCCCAGCCUCCAAAAACCAAGGUUACUUCGGUUCCUCUCUAGGUUUAAACAAGAGAAGAUUCUCCUGUUCUUUUUUGGUACCCCAGAGUUAUUUGGGAUGAUAGAUUAUUUGGCUCUUUUUAGCUCUUAUCCUGCUGUUUUAUUGUGACAUAAAGAAAAUAAUGUUUGUGAAAGCACUUUGUAAACUGCACUAUAAAGCACUAUAUGAAGUCAGAAUGUGUCUGCCAUCUAGGUUGUCCUGCUCAUCAUAGAAGAAUUGCCUAUUUCCUUUCCACCCUGAAAGGAACCUCAGAGGGAAUAUCUCAACCGAGAAUGCUUAAUACCUUUUUUUGAGGGGGUUGUUUCAACCCAGCAGACCAUGAAGCCAAGAGAAGCUGCAGAGUUGUCCCUCCAAGUUACACAGGAGCCUGUGGGGCUUCAGAUCGUGAAGGUGGAGGAAGAUGAACAUAUUUGGAGACAAGAAUCCAGCUUUCAAAGGAAAGAAACCCAUACCAGGGAGAUUUUUCGCCAGCGGUUCAGGCACUUUUGUUAUCAAGAGACACCUGGGCCCCGAGAGGCCCUGAGCCAGCUCCGGGAGCUCUGCCGACAAUGGCUGCAGCCCGAGAUGCACAGCAAGGAGCAGAUCCUGGAGCUGCUGGUGCUGGAGCAGUUCCUGACCAUCCUGCCCAGAGAGCUGCAGAGCUGGGUGCGGGAGCAGCAUCCAGAGAGCGGGGAGGAGGCAGUGACUGUGCUGGAGGAUUUAGAGAGAGAGCUGGAUGAGCCAGGAGAGCAGGUUCCUGUUAGCUCACAGGAAAUGCCUUUGAAGGAGACGGAACCUAUGGAAACAGCACAGGAGUCACCAUAUUUAAAGUUGCCCUUGGCAAACCAGUUAAAAAAUGAAUCUUCACAAUCCAACCACCCCUUACAAGACAAUGAGCUGAGCAUGCAGAAUUCAGAGGGUGCAUCUGAGUCAGCAGCUUCUGUGGCUUUACAUCCAUCAAUGGCAGUCCCGGCACCUGUGGCCCAGCCCAUUCCCGCCUCAUCUCAGGUGUUGGUCCAGGCAGCAGGCUUUGCUACCAGAGGGGCCCAGAUGGAGCUGAUUUCCUUCCCCAGAGUGCAGCAGGUGCCACAGCAGGUACAGUCCAUGCAGCAUGUCUGCCGGGCCCAGGUGCAGUACGUGGAGGAGGGAGACACCGUCUACACGAAUGGAGCCGUACGGACGGCCUAUGCCUACAACCCCAAGCCCCAGAAGUACGCCUCCAGCAGCGCCACAGCAUACUUUGAGGCCCCGGGCAGUGCCCAGGAGACUGUAGCAGCCUCGUCACCGCCAGUGGUCCCCUCCCACAGCAUGGUAGGCAUCACCAUGGAUGUUGCGGGGACCCCCAUCACCUCCAGUGCCAGCGCCUAUCUCAUCCAUGGAGGGAUAGACAUCACGAGGCACUCCUUGGCCCACACAUCUCGGUGGUCACCAGCCACGCUCCAGUGGCUGUUAGAUAAUUAUGAAACUGCUGAAGGUGUGAGUCUCCCCAAAAGUUCUCUCUACAACCACUAUCUUCGACACUGCCAGGAGCAUGAGCUAGAUCCUGUGAACGCCGCCUCCUUUGGGAAACUGAUUCGUUCCGUGUUCACGGGCCUGAGGACUCGACGCCUGGGAACCAGGGGCAACUCCAAGUGUCAUUACUAUGGGAUCCGCCUGAAGCCAGACUCCCUGCUGAGCCAGCUGCAGGAGGACACGCAGUGCAUGGCCAUGCAGCAGCAGCCUGUGCACCAGAAGCCCAGGUACCAGCCAGCCCAGAAGACGGACAGCCUUGGGGACAGCGGCUCCAACAGCAGCCUGCACAGCACGCCCGAGCAGGCCAUAGCCGCCCAGAGCCAGCACCACCAGCGGUACAUAGUAUUAGUUUACCAGUCUAAGGAUCCUUCCUCUGGGCUUGCUUCUGAGUCUGAGAAGUCCUUCCUGACCACUGGAAGUCUUCUGAGGUUCAAAGAGGACUCCAUGGGAUUCAUGUUUACCUGGAAACAGCCCUUACUUUCUAGAGGCAUUAAUAUGUGGCUAAAGAACCUAAUACAAACACUCAAGGAGACGCACCUGCGAAAAUGCAAGCCCAUCCGAGAACAGAUGAGAGACCUUCUCAAAGCUACAACAGUCUCGGGACGCAUCGCCGUGGUUCUCUUUGAGACCUGGACGCUGCCGGGCUUCCCCGCCCGGGUGCUGGGCGCUGGGGUCGACGAAAGCGGUGGCUGCGACCACCAGGAAUAG